AUGAUUUGUAUGAAUGAAGAUGAUUUAAAAGGUUGUCCAAGUGAUAAUGGAAAUUGGUAUUUUCCACUUCCUGGACAAACUUCUACCACAAGACCAUCAGCAGUUCCAAAUUCACCAGUAAUACCUGGAAUGGACCCAUCAAGGGCAGCAAUGAUAUUAGGUAUGGCACAUGAACUUCCACCACAAUUUAAAGUUAGUCAAGGAGCAACAGGUCCAGUUGCACAAACUGCAUCAUUAGCAAGACAAGCUAGACGACUUUAUAAUGGCUUAUCAGAAUUUUUCAACUCUACAAUGCUUCAAUUGAAUAUUACUACUGCACCCAGCAAUCCAGUUACAGCUGUUCAAAUCAAUCAUGAUAAAAACUAUGCAUUUGUUGAAUUUCAUGCACCUGAAGAAGCUACAGCUGCAAUGGCAUUUGAUGGAAUUACAUUUCAAGGCCAAUCAUUAAAGAUUCGUCGACCAAAAGAUUAUCAACCUCCACCUGGACAAAAUCUUGAGCCACCACCAAUACAUGUGCCAGGAGUUGUAUCUACAAAUGUACCUGAUAGCCCAAAUAAAAUUUUUAUUGGCGGUCUACCAACCUAUUUAAAUGAUGAACAAGUUAUGGAGCUUUUAAAAUCUUUUGGAGAAUUGAGAGCUUUCAAUUUAGUUAAAGAUACUUUAUCAUGUGUCUCUAAGGGAUUUGCAUUUUGUGAAUAUGUUGAUCCAAGUGUGACAGAUUUAGCUUGUCAAGGUUUAAACAAUAUGGAGCUUAGUGAUCGUAAAUUAGUAGUCCAAAGAGCUAGUAUUGGAUCAGCUAAGAACUUGGGCAUGGCAGUAGUUCUGUCAUCUUCGGUUCUUAUUCCAGCUGGAAGUGGAGAAAUGCAACCAACUACUGUUCUUCAACUUCUUAAUAUGGUUACUCCUGAGGAAUUAGUAGAUGAUGAAGAAUAUGAAGAUAUAGUUGAGGAUGUUAGAGAAGAAUGUUCUAAAUUUGGUUGCAUCGUUGAUAUGAAAAUUCCUAGACCAGGUCAAUCAACUACUGGUGUUGGCAAGAUUUUUGUACGAUUCGAUUCUGCAGAGGCAGCUGGUAUAGCACUUCGAGCACUCGCAGGAAGAAAGUUUGCUGAACGUCUUAACGGUUCAGGAAAAUCAAAUAUAUUGGACGCCAUUUGUUUUGUCUUGGGGAUUACAAACUUGUCAAAGGUUAGAGCAAAUAGUUUACAAGACUUGAUAUAUAAACGUGGACAGGCAGGUGUUACUAAAGCUUCAGUUACUAUUGUGUUUAAUAAUGAAGAUAGAGAAAAUAGCCCUAUUGGGUUUGAACAAUAUAGUCAAAUAAGUGUGACAAGACAAAUUAUGAAUUGUCAAAGCAAAUACAUUGUAAAUGGUCAUCGAGCCCAGCAAAAACAAGUUGCAAAUUUAUUUGAAUCAGUUCAACUUAACAUAAAUAAUCCACAUUUUUUAAUUAUGCAAGGUAAAAUCACAAAGGUUUUAAAUAUGAAACCACCAGAAAUCUUGAGCAUGAUUGAAGAAGCUGCUGGCACUAGAAUGUUUGAAGAGAGAAAGAAAAGAGCCUUGAGUACUAUUGAAAAAAAAGAGAAAAAAGUUCAAGAAAUUACUCAGAUACUUAGGGAGGUGAUUGAACCAAAAUUGGAAAAACUAAGAGCUGAAAAGAAUUCUUAUCUUGAAUUUCAAAAAAUAGAAGUUGACAUUGAACGUCUAAGUCGAUUAAUUAUUGCAUAUGAGUAUACACAAAAUCAAGAAAGGGCUAAUGGUGGUAGAUUACAAGAAUUGGAAAAUAAUGUAACUGAAUAUUCUAACCAAAUGGUCAGAAUUAAUACAAAAUAUGAACUUAAUAAAACUUCCAUUCAAGAAGAAACAAACAAUAAAGAUAUAUGCUUGGAUGAUAGAUUAGAGAUAGAACAAGGUUUGAUACAAAAAACUGAAGAGUAUAAAAUGCAUGAAACUCAUUAUGAAGAGGCAAAAGAAAUCCAUGAUCAAAAAAAUGAACAAGUUCGUAAAUCUGAAGAACUUUUGCAAACUUUGUCAACUGGUGUUUCUGCUCAAGAAGGUCAGGAAAAUGGGUAUAUGGAACAACUUCAAGAGGCUAAAAGUAAUUCAACUCAGGCAUUAACUGAAAUCGAACAAGCCAAAUUAAAAAUUUCACAUCUUAAAAAAGAGUUAAAAGAAAAAGAACCAUUGGCUACCAAAGCUGCAAGAGAUAGUACAGGUAUUUUAUCUGAUUUAGAGUCUUCAAGAUUGGAAGCACAACAGUUACAAAUAGCUUUAUCACAAAUUGAUUGGAAUGCAAGUAGAGAAGAAGACUUAUUGCGUGAAAAGUCCUUUGAAGAAUCCAAGAUACAAGAAUUAACAGAUAAAUAUGAAUAUAUUUCCAGUCAAUUAGGAAAUACUCAGUUUACUUAUAAAGACCCCACAUCAAAUUUUAAUAGAAAUAAAGUUAAAGGAUUAGUUGUUGAAUUGAUUACUUUAGAUUCAAAAUAUGCCGAAUGUUCAACAGCUUUAGAAAUUUGUGCUGGUGGAAGAUUAUAUAAUGUUGUUGUAGAUAAUGAAAAUGUUGGUACACAACUUUUAGAAAGAGGUCAACUUAAAAGACGUGUGACUAUCAUUCCACUAAACCGAAUCCAAGUAUCUAAAAUGUCAUCUGAGAAACUUGCAAUUUCUAAACAAAUUGCUCCAGACAAAGUAGAUUUGGCAUUAAACUUGAUAUGUUAUGCUAAUGAAGUAAAAGCAGCAAUGGAAUACGUUUUUGGCAAUACAUUGAUUUGCAUGGAUGCUGAAACAGCAAAACGAGUCACGUUUAACAGGAAUGUCCAUACUAAAUCUGUUACUUUGGAUGGAGAUGUUUAUGAUCCAUCUGGUACUCUUCAAGGUGGAUCUAAACCCCCCUCGGCUGGGAUUCUCACAAAAAUGCAAACUCUUAAAGAUAUAAAAAAAGAAUUGGAGUCUCAUAAGCAAGUUUUACAAAGUUUAAAUUCAGAAUUAAGAAACUCACAAACUAUUAUGAAUAGAUAUAAUCAAAUAAAGAAAGAAUUAGAAUUGAAAUCACAUGCAAUUACAUUAUUGGAAGAACAGAUAAAACAAAGUAGUAACUCACAGAUUAUUCAAAUUGUUGAUAACAUAAAAUCACAAAUUUGUGAGCAAGAGGCUAUAAUUGUAACUUCACAAAAUAAACAUCAUAAUGCAUUACAAGAUUGCCAAAGAAUUGAAGAUGAAAUGAGAGAGCUUAAUGAUAACCGGAAAUCUGAAUUACCAGAAUUGAAUGCAUAUGUUAAAGAUAUGCAACGAAAAGUGCAAACUUUAAAAUUAGAAAUUAAGCAACUUGGAGAGGAUUUACAAAAUGCAAACAAAAAAAUAGAAAAUUAUGAUAAUAACAUUAAGCAAUUAGAGAAUGAAGCUGAUGCAAUGAAAACAGAAAUGACAACAAAUAAGGAAAUGUAUGAUAACGCUUUAAUUGAGUUAGAGAAGGAAAGAGAAAAGUUAUCUGCUUUUGAUGAAGAACUUGGAGAACUUCAAAAUGCAUUUAGGGCCAAAACUAAUCAAUUAAACAACAUACAAUUGGAAAUUACAAACCUUAAUCAUGAAGUUGACAAAGUACUUCGAGAAAAGGGAAUGUCUCAACAAAUUGUUCAGCAAAUGGAAAGAGAAAAUGAUUGGAUUGCACAUCAAAAGCAUCGUUUUGGUGAAGUAAAUUCUCCAUAUGAUUUUGAGAAUAAUAGCCCAAAUGAGUGUAAAAAAAUGUUACAACAAUUACAAGAAAAACAUAAUAGUAUACGAAAAAAAAUCAAUACUAAAGUAAUGAAUAUGAUUGAUGGGGUGGAACAAGAUGAAGCUACUUUAAAAAAAAUGUUGACAACUGUACAAAAAGAUAAGAAAAAAAUUGAGAAUACUAUUGUUGAACUUGAUAAAUAUAAAAAUGAUGCAGUAUCAAAAACCUGGGAAAAAGUUAAUACUGAUUUUGGGGCAAUUUUCAGUGAAUUGUUGCCAAACAAUUUUGCAAAACUUCAACCACCAGCAAAUAAAGAAUUAAAAGAUGGUUUAGAAGUUAAAGUACAACUUGGCUCAGUAUGGAAAGAGGGUUUAAAUGAAUUAAGUGGUGGACAAAGAUCACUUAUUGCAUUAUCAUUGAUUUUAGCUUUAUUACAAUUUAAACCAGCACCAAUGUACAUUCUUGAUGAAGUGGAUGCAGCUCUUGAUUUAUCACAUACACAAAACAUUGGACAACUGUUACGAACUAGAUUUAAAGGAUCGCAAUUUAUUGUAAUAUCAUUAAAAGAAGAAUUAUUUAAUAAUGCUAAUGUUUUGUUUAUUGCAAGGUUUAGAGAUGGUACAUCAAUCGUUGAAGUAAGUGGUUUAUAA